AAAAAAGAAUAAACGAAUUUUCUUCUCUCACGCACGAGAGAGAGAGAGAGAGAGAACUUUUCCCCGAAGAAGAAGAAGAAGAAGAGGUUUUCUCAGAGAGAGAGACGUUACCGGAGAUAGAGGCGGUGAUUAUCGUAACAGAGUAUUAUAUAUACACAGAGGAGGAUACAGGAGAAAGCGAUGCGAGUACGCAUCGGUUUCAACUCGCGUGACCUAGGGUUUCGUUUUCUUGCUUAUCGGUGGACCUUGUCUAAUGGGAGAUAGAACCUUUUUACCUCCUAAGAAGGGUGUUCAACAUUGUUGGGGUUUUGGAACGUGAAAGCAGUAUGACGCUUGAGGAUUUCUUUACCCUGACGGAAUUAAAAGAUGGACUCACUGUCACUUCUCGUGUCGAAGAGCUCGUGUCUGUCAUGCAGAGUAACAAAGACUCUGUUUUGAAGGAUGCUUCUAGACAAUGGACAGCUGUUGCAAGCACGAUUGCGGUCACAAAGAACAGAGAGUGUCUGGAUGUUUUUGUAAAUUUAGAUGGAGUUCGUUACUUGAGUAGCUGGCUGGCAGAAGCGCAGGCGUUGGGUAAUGAUUCGGUUGACAGAUCUGUAGAGGAGUCGACUCUGGCUUUGUUAGAGGCUCUUGAAAACAUAGGUGUAGAUGGUUCGAGGUUAGUUUCUUCUGGGAUAUGGGUGACUGUCAAGAAACUUGUUGACCAUGGGAGUUCUCGUGUUCAGGAUCAGGCGAGAAAGCUCUUUAGUAGCUGGAAGGAUAAAGUAGGUAAUGACCAUUCUGAACGUGACACUGAAAGCUGUAGCAAAGCUAAUGAAGAUGAGAUAAGAGUUGUAGCAGUAAGUAUGGAGAGCGGUGAGCUAAAAUCAGCUCCUCCUCUUUGUUCAACGCAAAGUAGUAAUGAAAAACAGUGUCCUGAAAUAGCAGAUGAAGCCUUGUUGUCAGGAAACUCAGGAGAAGAUAACCCAGAUCAAGAUAUGGGUUUGGAACUGAAGAAUGACAAGGUUGAGUUUGCCUCGAUCGUGAAUACGAUCACUGAAACUUUAAAUGGAGCCUCCACCGAUGUUAUUAUGAAAGAAGUUCAAGAAAAUCUUUCACUGAAGGGAAAAGGCUCCAUGAGAGAGACUAUUAUGCCUACUGGCUCCAGUAGCCUUCUUAAUUCAGAACUCGAUAGUGUUGAAGGCCCAUCAAAUGCUCAGCUGGGUGCUGAGAUAUCUGAGGAGAAGCAUAUUAGAGAUUUUCCUGAAAAAACAAGUGGAGCUUUAGCAGUGUUAUCAAGUUCAGUAGGACAUGUAGCUGUGUCUUCUGAUUCUGUUAUUGCCAGUAUGGAGUUGGAGAAAAAUAGUCUUUCGAAGAAUAGUCUUGAUUCAAACGAGGUGAGUAGGAAUGCGUCUGAGACCGUAUGUGCAUCGCACGAUGCGAGUAUUGCCCAUAAUAGCAAACAUGUGCCUUCAUUGGCUCAGACAACAGACAAUCAGGAUUCUGACAGUUCAUCUAGAUUAUCAGGUGGAAAAAAUAAAGUUGAGAAUGACAGUAUGGCUGCUCAUGCUCAGAAUGAAGAUAAGAGCCAUUUAGACAUAGAGAAGAGAGUAAAACGGAGAAAAAAACGCAGGUCUACAAGAUCAAUGACCAUAUCCCAGCGCCUUGGAGCAAUUGACAAGACAACCGCUGAUAUUGACCUUGGUAUUUUGGAUGCCUUGGAGGUCGCUACCAAUAUCGCACAGGAAGUGGCUAGAGAAGUAGACUCUGGGGAAGCUUCUCACAGUUCUUCAGAAGAAUUUUCUGAUGAAAGCGGGCAGUCUGAUUCGCAAAAUUCUCACGACGAUGAUCUACACACGGGUUCUCCAUCUAAGGGACGAUCAAUGGGUGAAAGCCAUUCCGUUGAGGAACCGCAUGUUGGAGAUGAGGAUGUAAUGGAUGAGAAGAAUAACAAACUUGAGAAUGGGAUGAUAAGUAGUGAUGAUGUUAAAGAGAAGCACCUGGAAGCAGCUGGUAAAGCCGAAGUAGACAGAGAAAAAAGCCCAUGUGGCUUUGAUCUCAAUGAAGACAUUUGUCCUGAUGAAACAGAUGUCGUUAUGCCUGCAGCGGCACCGUUGCAGUUAGAAAGAUCUCUUAGUGCGAAAGGAUCGGCUGCUAGUAGUGUAUCUCACUCGGAAUUGCCUCAUAAAGUUCCUAGCGGGGAUUCAAGAGAAAAGCAGCAGGUGAUAUGUAUCGAUCUGAAUGUAGCUGAGGUAGGAGAUGACCAAGUUGAAGAUAGAACUCCCUGGAAACAGUUUCCUUUCUCCUCAUCAAACUCUAGGGAUGGAGAGUCGUCACAUGAAGCUAAUCUCCGGGGAUCAAGCAGGUUCAACCUGGAUUUGAAUUGUACGAACGAGGACGAUGACAUGCCUCCACCUUCUCAGUUGAAGAUGGAAACCAGAUUGUUUCUAAGUCAGCAAAGUGCCUCACCUGUCUCUUCAUUGUCAGUUGCUCAGCAAUCAGGCAAGGAAUUAAACUUUGACUUGAAUGACAGGCCACAGUUUUUCAUCGAGUCACGUGAUCAGGGUCCCUACUAUGGGCAGCUCCCAUGGAGCAAUGCCUCCUAUGGAGGGCACAAAUUGGCUGAACCGGUAAUGUCUCUAUUGGGUACAAAAGUGGACGUUGACAGAAAAGAGAGUGUAUCCCAGAUGUCUUCGUUCUUGUCCAAUGGUAAGUCACUCGAGCCAGCAGCAGGACUAUUCAUGGGAACACCGGGAAACUCUAACUCUUUGGGUUUAGCCCCUGGUGUGUCCUUUUCUCCAGCUCCUAUAUAUGGGUACAACGGAUUUACUGGUCAUCAUCCUGGUAUGUCAAUGUCAUCAGCGCCCAUGUAUGUUCCUGGAACAGCUAUUCCAUACCUGGUGGACGCGAGGGGUACGCCAGUGAUGAUGCCUCAAAUGAUGGGAUCGGCGCCAUAUGCACAGCCACCAUUCCCUCAACAGCACAUGUUCAUGAGCUUGUCUGGAGGAUCGCCUAGUAUGAAUGGAUCGGUGAGGCCACCACAGCUUGAUCAGAGCUCUGGGUUUGGGGUUGAGAUGGGAAACAGAGAGGGGUUAAGUUUGAGGCAGUUUCUAGCACCGGGGGAUAUGGGAGAGCAUUCAAGAGCAACCGUAGAGCCGUCAUCGAGUUUGUCUAUUGGUAUUGGUGGGAAGCGGAAAGAGCCGGAGACACCACGUUGGGAGUUCCCUCCGCCGUGGAGGUGAGUGGAGAUAGGGUUCUUCAAUAGGUUGACGGAUUGGUCAGAGAAUGACAGAAGAAGUGUUGGGAGGUAACUUAUAAAGUCUUGAUGAACUUUUUUUUUUCUUUUUUCCCAUCAGUUUUCUCCUUUAUUUCAUAACAUAUAUAUAGGAGGAGGAUUAGUUCAAACAUUGGUAUAUGUCAAACUUCUUCUUAACAUUGUUGGGUAUUUUCUUCAUAAAAUAAAUAUAUAUAGUUUUGCGUUUCAGAAGUUAAGAUCAAGAGUUACUUUGUGUUACACUCUGAACAACUGUUUUGCAAUCAGAAGUGUUGCG